CAAGUAUAGCGACACAUGAGGUUAUCAGGUGAAAAGUGUUAACCUAUCAGAGGGAGAGCAGCUUUGUAUUCGUGGAAUGGGGGAAGAUGGCCUUGUGGUGUUAGCUAAUGAAACCCUUCUGGUUGAAGGUCAGGUAAUCCGGAGUCCAACCAACACUUUAUCAGUUUACUUCAAGACAUUCCAAGAUGACACAAUUGGUACCUUCCAGCUACAUUACCAAAUUUUCAGGCUGAGCUGCAGCUUCCCACGAAGGCCUGAUUAUGGAGAUGUUACUGUAAUGGAUCUACAUGCUGGUGGCACAGCCCACUUCCAGUGUUCAAUGGGAUAUGAGCUGCAGGGUUCCCAGAAUCUCUCAUGUAUCAAUGCUUCUAAACCAUACUGGAGCAGUAAGGAGCCUGUCUGCAUAGCACCAUGUGGAGGCAGAGUUCAAAAUGCCACAGUAGGAAGAGUACUUUCGCCCAACUUCCCCAGCAAUUACAGUAACAACCUGUUCUGCGCUUGGACGAUAGACGCCCCAGGAGGACAAAAACUGCACCUGCAUUUUGAGAAGUUCAUCCUCAGCCACAAAGACAAGUUAGCAGUGUACAGUAAUAGGAAGAUCCUUUUUGAUUCUGUGAAAACAGAGACUGUGCCAUUUGAAGGUCUGAUUAGUGAAGGGUCAUGUAUUAGAAUUGAAUUCUCUACAGACGAGUCCAAAACAGCUCCUGGGUUCAACAUUCGCUUUGAAGCUUUUGAACGUGGUCAUUGCUAUGAGCCAUAUAUCCAAAAUGGCAACUUCACAACAACAGACCCUACAUACAGCAUAGGAACUGUCAUUGAGUUUACUUGUGAUCCGGGUCACUCUUUGGAACAAGGACCAGCAAUUAUAGAGUGUAUCAACAUCAAAGAUCCCUACUGGAAUGAUACAGAACCACUCUGCAGAGCCAUGUGUGGAGGGGAACUUUCUACACCAGCGGGAGUCAUUUUAUCUCCAAACUGGCCUGAUAUUUACACUGAGGGAGAAGACUGCAUCUGGAGAAUACAUGUGGGAGAUGACAGAAGAAUAUUCCUUGACAUUCAGCUGCUGAAUUUGAGUAACAACGACAUUUUGACUAUUUAUGAUGGAGAUGAAAUUACUUCAAAGAUAUUAGGCCAGUUUGUUGGAAGCAGCGGGCCACAGAAACUCUACUCAUCAUCACCUGACCUGUCCAUUCAGUUUCAUUCUGACCCAGCUGGGCUUAUUUUUGGGAAAGGACAAGGAUUCAUCCUAAAUUAUAUAGAGGUGUCUAGGAAUGACUCCUGCUCAGAUCUACCUGAGAUCCAGAAUGGAUGGAAAACUACAUCUCACACAGAUCUUGUCAGAGGAGCCAAAAUCACCUACCAAUGUGACCCAGGCUAUGACAUUGAGGGGAGUGAAACCCUCACAUGCCAGUGGGACCUCAGCUGGAGCAGCGACCCCCCAUUCUGUGAGAAAAUCAUGUACUGCACAGACCCUGGAGAGAUAGAACACUCCACACGAUUAAUUUCAGAUCCAAUUCUUCUGGUUGGAACCACCAUUCAAUAUACCUGUAACACAGGCUUUGUGCUUGAAGGAAGUUCUCUUCUCACAUGCUACAGUCGUGAGACUGGGACACCAAUCUGGACAUCGAGAAUCCCUCAUUGCGUUUCUGAAGAGUCCCUGGCAUGUGACAACCCAGGUUUACCAGAAAAUGGAUACCAAAUACUUUACAAGAGACUUUAUUUGCCUGGAGAAUCACUCACCUUUAUGUGCUAUGAAGGAUUUGAACUGAUGGGAGAAAUUACAAUAAAGUGUAUACUUGGGCAGCCCUCACAAUGGAGUGGACCACUUCCUGUGUGUAAAGCAAUUCCAGACCGUUUUGAGCAUGCUUUACAAGUGGCAGAAGCAGCGGCAGAGACAUCUUUAGAAGGAGGCAAUAUGGCAUUAGCAAUAUUUAUCCCAGUGGUCAUCAUUUCAGUGCUGCUCGGAGGCGCUUACAUUUAUAUCACAAGAUGUAGAUACUAUUCAAGUCUGCGCCUUCCUCUCAUGUACUCACAUCCUUACAGUCAGAUUACUGUAGAGACAGAGUUUGACAAUCCAAUCUAUGAAACAGGGGAGACAAGAGAAUAUGAAGUUUCCAUAUAAUACCAUAGGUCUGAAUGGCAAAGCAGGAAGCAGAAUUCAUUCAAGACGUCAGUUCUGCAAACUGAUAGAACUUCCUCAGUGCUUAAUCCAGAGACUUUGUGGAGUUGAACUGAAUCUUUUAGACUUUUAGUUGUCUUUCCUUUUGACUCUUUCUUGAAGAUUUCCAUUGCUGUAUUUAUAACCUUUACAUUUCAAUAGGUGUGGUUAUAGAAUUCUAAUGUGCAGGGCAAAGUCAUAAUUUACCUUUCAAGACUGAUAGGACAGUUAAUACUCCAGUAUCUAGUAAAGGGUCAGCUAUAUUUGAUGCACUAAAACUAAUAGCCUAUUAAGAACAUAUAUUAAGAACAUAUAUUUUGAUGUUGUUCUGCUUGAGAUCAUUUUGAAAGCUUUUCAAAUGUAAACCGGGAAUUUAGAAUACCACAAAACACCAAAGAGCCCAUGUAUCAAAAAUCACAAAACGGUACUUAGCUCUUAAAUGACAAAAAAAAAUGUGAUGUACUUCUGUCUUUGACGGAGCCAUCACAGUUGCACCUUCUGAAUUAUAAAUAUAUUUUUAGGCAAAUUUUAUAUGCUGUAACUUGUAAAAUACGCAAUGCACAGAUGUAAAUGAAGAAGACAUUUGCCAAGAAAAUGGUCCUUCUGUCUUGCAUUUGAUUUAAUGAACAAGUUGAAGCAGUGUGUACCAAGGAAAAUGUUUUUAUUGCACUAUACAUUUAUUUAAAAA